UAGAGGAAACUGAGCCUCGGGUCGCCACGCACCUUUAAAAGGAGGUUCCUCUUCCCUCCUUUUUUUUUCAGCUCAAAUCUCAUCUCCUGUGAAGUGGAGCUCAGGUUAACGCCGAGACCAGCCCACCUUUUCACGGUCGCUGUUGAAUUUUCCCUGCACUCCGUUUAAGCGGCGAUGGCUAAAAAGUGGUACCUAAGUGAUACCGAGGAUGAAGAUAUACUUGUGGUGAUGGACAGAAGUUAUAUUGAUCCUUUUCAGGAACAUAUUGAGAAGCUAAUUGCGGUGGAUAAGAAGGAUGAUCUUGUAGAUUUUAUAAGAAGCCAAGUUGAUAAACUUAUUGAGGACUUUAAUAGAAAUGGCUCUCAACUGGCAUACUCCAUCCUCUAUAAGUGUGUACAUUCUAGUGCACUUAAUUGUGCAGCAGCACUAUUGGAAGAGGAGACUGAUCUGACCCAAUAUUUUAAAUUGCCUGGAUUAAAUUUGCUCCAUACUGCAGCAGAUGUUUUAUCUCUUAAGAUGACGAGGUAUUUUCUCAAAUUUGGCAUGCGGGCAGAUGAGAAAGCUGCUGGUAUUCAUACACAUGGUCGUCAGAUGUUACUACCUAUUGACUUUGCUGUUCAGUCUGUUAGGAGGAGGGUUUUCUGGACCCAAGAACAGUCCUUUACAGGUUGAUUUUUAGACUUAUUGGACAGGGAAUGUAUGGGCCAAUAGAAACUAUGAAGUUGCUCAUGCAUGAGAUAUCUUCCUCAGAGGCUUCUGAAAUUAUCUGUCGUUAUGGUACAGAAGGGAAAAUAAUUGAGUUAGCCUCUCUGCUUAUAGCAUCAUCGGAAGCCCAUCUGACAGUUGAUAAUCUUUACAUGCCCAGUAAUGAUGCCUCUGGGUACCGGAUCACCUUGUGUCAGUACAUCGUUAAAAAAAUAGUAGCAUUAACAAAUGAUGUGUGUGAUCUAGAGCUCAUGGAAAGCAACAAGUUGGCUGAGUGCAGAUAAAUGCAGAAUUCAAUGAUGUCUAUACUGAUGUUGCCUGAAAUUUUUUUGAGGACUGGACAUCGUAUUGCAUGGGAGGCAAGUGAAGCAAUUUAUUUUUAUGCUGCAACAACAAAUGCGGUUGCAAAUUUGUUAGCUUCAUCUGGCUUUGAAUUGACCGGUGAAGAUGCUUCUUAUCUCCAAAGACGACUGCGGCUAUUUGACGAGCUACGUUCCCGAGUGAAGAAUUGUUUCCCAGAUGGGAUGCCAUUGCUAGAUUCAUGUGAGAGAGUGGCUGAUUUUGGAUGGUGUGAAACUGAUUCAGAGUAUGACGAGCUGCUUCCACUACACAAAGCAGUUGAUAGAUUAAGGUCUGAUAUAAUUACUAGCCAUUGGAAACAAAAUGAAUCGAUCUUUAAGUUGAUUAUUGUGCUUUGCCUUCCUGAAAUGAAAGAACGAUUGGAGGCUGUUGAUUUGUUUGCGCAGAAAGUAGAUAAGAUUAAUCAAUUAGCCUGUUUCCAUGCUAAGGAGGGCAAACUCAUUGAGUUGGCCAUCGUAUUUAUCAUAUCUCGGGAAAAGGCCAUGGAUCCAAUCAAGCUUCAGAUUAAUGGUGAUAGUUCUGAGAGGUCUAUGACAUUUCGACAGUUCAUCAACAGUGAAAUGGCACAAGCAAUUGAUCUAGGGUACAGACUAAUAGGAAGAAUAACAAAAGAAGAAGAAGAACUAAGUGCGAAAGGAAAAAGUUACCAAAGAGGUCUCCGUGCUGCUAUCAGAAGCUGGUUUCAACUUAAAAGAAGACAUUGAACUGCAUGAUCCAGUUGAGAGUUCGAUGGAGGUUGAACAAAAGAACGAGGCACUACAAGAUCCACACACGAGUUCCGGGUUCAUGUGGUGACAUGAGGAACUUUCUUUUCACACGAUAUCCAAGGGAGUGCUUAAAUUUGCCAUCUGGUGCCCGCAUUUUGGACAUCAAAAGACAGUAAAGCCAGCUAUUGUACUGGCUUUCCAAAAGCAUUGGAGGUUCAGGGCGGUGCUGUGAGAGGAGUCAAUUCGCUCGUGCAGAAAAUUCCAGCCAGCAAGCGUUUUGCCUCCGUUGCAUUAGCAGUCAUUAGACAUGCUGCCUGACAUCGAGUGCUAUGUGAAACAAGUUCUUUAGAACCUACCUGGAUGAAGGUAAUUACUACUUGUAAGUUCAGGAUGUUAUGGUGGUUUGUUGAUUACUUUUUAGGUCGCAGUCCUAGUUAAUUUAGGUGUUCCAUUGUAGGCCUAGAAAUUUGGAGGGUGGGUUUCUAAAGCAUUUCUUUGCGUUUGAGUGAUGCGUAUCUAUACUAUGGGGUUGAUGCUGCCUUCUUUUUUUUUUUUAUUUCUAUAAAACCCCCAUCUCCAUCU